ACUUAAUGUAUACAUGCAAUUUAUCAAGGUUUCACUUUAACAUCCACUACCGGUUCAGUAAAGUAAAGAACAGACGAGCCAUUCUUCUUUCUUACAUUUCUCUUUCGGUGGAAUGAGUUUCCAAGCUUUUGUGACAGCUGAUUCUUUUGUUCCAUUAAAUUCUGAUUCUUCGGCUACGUUUCCACUAAGGAUGCACCACAGCGCAGAGUACCUUCCCGUCAGCAAUCACACAACCAAUGUGGUCUCUACCGUCCCGUCUGUUUUAUCUUUGGUCCAAAUCCCUAAAUUUUCUCAUAUGUACUCCUCUGUGCCUAAUGUGGAAAAUAUGCCAGCAGGCCUGCAUUACCCAAACCCAUCGUGCCAUUAUGGAAACCAGCAAUCUACCUACGGGGUGAUGGCAGGUAUUAAACCUGCAACUCCAGAAAUGCUGUCUGCAAGUAUCUCCCAAACACGAAUUUUGCAAACAUGCAGUAUGCCUCUUUCCAAUGUUGUGAAUGGAGUGAGUACGUUGCAAGGGGUCCAUACGGGUAGCCUACCCCCUUGCCUUAUGAGCGCUAGCUCUUGCACACUGGGUCACGGAUUUGCCCCUGUGCAUCAGACACUUCUGGGAGAGGAUAUCACAACUGCAGACUUCAAGCAAGAAUUCCGUCGAAAGAAUAAACCAAUUGAAGAGCCAAUUGACAUGGAUUCUCCAGAAAUCAGAGAACUGGAAAAGUUUGCUAAUGAAUUCAAAGUUCGAAGGAUUAAGCUAGGAUACACUCAGACUAAUGUUGGAGAAGCGCUUGCUGCUGUGCACGGCUCGGAAUUCAGCCAGACCACAAUAUGUCGUUUUGAAAACUUGCAACUAAGUUUUAAAAAUGCUUGCAAGCUGAAGUCUAUCCUAUCCAAAUGGCUGGAUGAAGCGGAGCAAGUUGGAGCUUUAUACAACGAAAAAAUUGGUGGAAAUGAGCGAAAAAGGAAGCGCAGAACAACUAUUAGCAUAGCUGCAAAAGAAGCACUUGAGUCCCACUUUGGAGAACAAAGCAAACCUUCUUCACAGGAAAUAAUGAGAAUGGCGGAGGGCUUGAAUUUGGAAAAGGAAGUGGUUCGUGUUUGGUUCUGCAAUAGAAGGCAACGAGAGAAAAGAGUAAAGACGAGUUUGCACCAGAAUACCUUCAGCUCUUUUACAAAAGAUCACCAUGAAUGCAGAUGAAACACGUCACUACUGGACACGCACAUUUGUAUGUGUUGCUCAUUCAUCUGACAUUCACAAGGUUAGCAACACAGCCCAUUGGUC